UUGCUUCAUGUAAGUAGGUUUGUGUUUUCGUCAAACCAGAAUGAGCCUCCCCGUCGAUAUGAACUGCAGUGACACAGCCCGUCUGAAAACUCUCCUGACCCAGCUGUUGAAAGAUUUGGCCCAGGCCAAUGGCACCACUACGCACACAGAUAGCAAUGACACGGACGAUGCCUAUCUGUACAUCCUUCUCAUCAUGAUCUUCUAUGCCUGCCUGGCGGGGGGACUUAUCCUGGCGUACACCAGAUCCAAAAAAAUGGAGUCCAAAACCGACCCUUACCACCUAUACAUCGAGAGCGAGUGGGCAAAGAAUCGAAGGAAUGUUCCAUGUGUUUCCGAGCACCAACAAAGGGGCAGCAUUGAGAGCGAACACUUACUUUGAAACAGGAUCUGGAUUUCGGGGAUAAUCAAGUCUCAUAUUUUUUAGGUUGGAAAUAUAUUACAAAGGAUAGGCGAAGAAAGGAUAUUCUACCACAGCAGUAAAACUAUCGUGUCACAUAACUGUCC